CCUACAACAAUACCACAACAUGCCUACCCCCUCGCUUGUCUUGAAAGGUGAGAAGAUCGAGUAAGUCAACAGCUGCCUGCCACAUGAAACCAUACUUAUUGAUUUAGCUUCUGCAGCCAGGCUGUCUGCGUCCGCGUCGGAAAGAAGGCACCGGUUUGCUUUACCGUCAACGAGUCUCUCCUCUGCAAGUCCUCCGGAUUCCUCCAAACGAAGAUGAAAGGGAAACACGAGAAGAGGUGCAGGAAGGGACACAUGCACACCGUCAAGCUUUCCGACUGCAAUCCCACGGCGGUAGGAAUAUACCUGCACUGGCUGUGUAGCGGGAAAUUCGCGAUCGAGGUCGAGAAUGCCCCCGACUCGGUUGCGUAUUACCACCACCUGUCAGAGGCUUGCCUUCUGGGCGACCGGCUGCUGGACACCCGCUACGUAAAUGCCGCCAUUGACGCGAUCGUCGACCUGAGCGACCAGAUUUCUAGCUGGGACUGGCCGGUUCCUGGGGACUCCACCGUCGAGUUCGUGUCCAAGCAGACGCCCGUCUCAUCGCCCUUCCGACGACUCAUGGUGGAUAUGUUCGCGUGCUACGGUUCGGCCGAUCUGUAGGAUACCCCCAUGGGGAGAAGCGAUCGGUGGCCGAGGGAGUUCUGCUUCGAUCUCCUCUCGAGUGCUCUAUGAGCAUGAUGUGCAAGUGAAGCUCAGACCUGCUGAACACUAUCGCCACGAUCCGGUUUCGGGCGACAUCGAGAUGGAAAUAGAGCAGUGAUGGACCAACAACUGCUUGUCUGUUUAUCUUUGCUCAUGUACUAUUAUGUCGAGGAGUAUUGACGACGCAAUCAAUUGAUA